AGUUCUUAGUUGUUUCCUUGAGCAAAGACAGCACCGAUACUUCAACCGCUCGAUCGGUUCAGCAAUUAUAUUCAAAUCUGUUUUCCCGGAACUGGACCAUAGAAAAUCCCAAAACAUGAGGAAAGCCCUGCUACUAUUAGGAUACAUGUGCCUGGUACAGGGUGGUCCAACCAAGAAGCAAGUGCUGGACCCCCACCUUGGCGGUUACGAGUAUGAGUACGCUCAACGGGAGCCACAACUAGGAUACGCGGAGUCCGCGGGUUAUUUGGAACCAGGCCCGGCGUUGCCAGCGGCUGGCCUGGGCCCGGCUCGCAGCCCACUGAAGCCCGGCUUCAGCGUGGGUGGGCCGUUAGCCAACAUCGCGAAAAGUGCAGCGGAGCAGGCCCACACUCAGCUGAGCAACCAGCAAUCAGCGGCCGGGCAAGCAGCCUACACGGCGAAGAACACAUUGGCGCAGGCCGCGGCGCAAUCGGCGGCGACCGCUGCGGCCGCGCUCGCCGGCAAGCAGAUCGUCGUCCAGGGCCUGGAGCAACAGUCCCGUGACGCCCACGUGUCGGUGGACGGCGAGAAUCUCCAGCUGCAGCAGGCCGAGCGGUCCGCAAACGCGGCGAGGACCACCGCUAAGCAGGCGAUGCAUCAGCUGCAGGUGAUCACCGCCGCGUUGAACGCUGCUCAAACUACGGCCGACCGUGCGGCGCAAGCGGCUGCUGAGGCAGCAGCCGAGCUGGCCGCGCAGACCACCAUGCUGGGUCAGGCUAAGGCCAGAGCGGAAACCGUCGACGAGCAACUGUCCGCUGCUCGUCUGGACUACGAGAGUACGCAAGCCGCAGCGGAGAAGGCUGCAACCGCGGCCGCGGCAGCUCAAAACAACGCUCAAGCUGCGGCUGCCAGCGUGGCCGACGGCGCUGGCGCUUCGGCCCUUCUGAGCCACCAACCGGUGGAAGCAGCUCCGCCAGUCACGCUUCAGCCUGGCCCUCUGCGACACCCUGGCUUGCUCGAUGCUUCGGCUGGACUCAAGGAAGCUGGUCCUCUCCUAACGCCUGGACUUAAGGAAGUGGGUCCUCUUCUAGCGCCUGGACUUAAGGAAGCUGGUCCUCUGCUAGGACCCGGACCGCUUAGAGAAUCUGCUCUCCUUUCGCCUGGCGGGCUUAGAGAAUCCGAUCUGCUGUCGCCUGGUUCUCACCUGCAGCCUGGCUCGCUUCAGAUACCUGCUCCCAUUCAAACUGGUCCUCUGCUCGCGCCGGGUCACUUGGAGGCAGCUGGCCAUCUUCGCGGACCUGGAUCCCUUCUUUCAGCUGCCGCGCUUCAGAAGGCUGGCGGUCUUGGGGCCCUCGGCCUUGACGAACGCGGCGCUUUACUCGCCGAGCAAGGACAUCUCGCGGAAGCUGCUGGCCUUCGUGCGCCCAAUGGACUUCAUCGUUCGGAGCUUCUUAGUCUAGCGAACGCUUUGCCCGCUGAUGGUUACGAUCUGAAGGGUUACCGCUACUAACCUCUCCCUUUCUCGAUCACCCCAGUGGAAUUUAGUUGUUGGUCUUUGUCAGGAUGUACAGGAGUAUCGUUGUGUUCCAUAUGUCAGACUGUGAAAUAAAAUGUUGUUGAAACCACCAAUUUGCGAAUUUGAUGUCUCUGAAUGUCACAUCAUUUUUUUAUCUUCUUUGAGGGAACGGUGCGAUCGAACGGCGCGAGAUUGUUAAAAUGUUGAACUUAGGUUUCGUGUUGCAGUAGGCAAUUUUUAUUGAGCUUCUUGUGCCAAUUGCGAAAUGAAUAUUAUGAAUAAACAAAUUCGUUGAAGGGUGAUAGGGAGGUUGGAAUAACGAAUUGGGUGGAUUUGAUUUAAGUUUAAUCAAAUUCGGUGAAACUUGUAAGCUUUCGGUAAACUUUGGUAAACUUUCCUUGAAAACACGGUUUUAAAUUACUGUGUUUAGGAAGUACGAUAUAAAUAAUCAUUUAAGGAUAAGGUGUUUUCAUUUUUAAUACGCUUAUUAUUGAUUGGUCUUUGCAUUCGGUAACACGUGCGUUACCAGCAUUUCAAAUUAUAGCUUUUUAAUGGGAAACAGGCAGUGAGGAGCUAAUUGAAAAACAGUUUUUUAAUUUCAACAUUAUUUACAAUCUUCUUAGUCAACAUAUGACGGCACAAAGAAGAACAAUUUAAUUGCUAAUAAAAUAACGAAUAGAAGGUGCUUUGGAUUGGUAAAAAUAUGUCAAUGAAGGGCAUUAAGCAGGACGUAAUUUUCAUUGUAGAUUUCUUAGAAACAUUUUCAUAUUUAAUAUCCGAUUAAACGUAAAAAAUAGAAACUCUGUCGAUGCACAAAAUUAAUAAUUGAUAAAAAUAUUCGUAUAUUUCUGUAAACAACACUUAUUACAAAAUUUCACAAUCACAGUAGUACAUGACCGAAGAGAGGGUCGUUACCUUACUAAACUUUCACAUGUUUUCUUCAGAGUUCAUUACGAAAUAAUGAAACUAUUAACUCACGAUUAUUAUCUACGGCAUUUUUAUUUUUUAUAAUUACUUUAUGCAGGAUUGCAUUCACUUUACGGAUAACUGUACUUCAUAUUUCAUCUGCAUGGUUUCAAUCAAGAAUUGAAGAUUUGUAGAAAUUCAACUCAGACAAAACCUUCAUAUAAACUUAUAAUUUCUAUAGACUUUAUUAAUGGCCAUAUACGACAGACAGUACCAUAUUAAACAACUCAAAUAAUCAACAUUACUUUCUGUGUAAUUUAUUUUACAAAUUUCAUAGGCCGAUUUACAUGAUCGUUCUACUUGAAUUAGUAGAAUAAUUAGAGUACAUAUAUACAGAAAAAUAAUUUAGGGCUAAAUUCGUAAUCAUGUCAAGAUACACACCGCUCAAUGUUAAGGUGCACACCACCUUUUGGUAGUAGAACUAUAGAACCAGUUUCAUAUUCCAAGGUAUCCGGCGUAUUGGGUGUAGGUUUCACCCUGUGUUUGAGUAAUGUAUUUAUUACAGCAAUUUUUACUUGCAGCAAUCCAAACCGUGAACCUAUAACAAAACGACACAAAGAAAAAUAUAUUGUUCAUUUAAGUUUAUUCUACUGAAUUUAGAAGAUAAUAAACAUUGAGUCCACUUUAAUCUUAAAAACAGUGUCUUAAGAUAAACAAGUUAAAUUUCUUCUUAGAAAA